AAAAAAGAACGAAAAUCUUCGGAGGCGAGCCGUUAGCGUCGUGUAACCUUUUCCGUAACGGCCGCUAUUCUUCACUGUCUAUCACACGGCCCAGCUCCGUCUCUCGUCCAAUCACUCAGCCCGGCCCGCAAUAUCCCCCCAAUCAACGACCAAACCAUCACCACCAGACAGUCCGACAAUGCCCGGCAAUACUGCAAAAGGCAGGGUCACCAAGCCAUCGCAGAAGACUCGCAAGAGCCGCGACAAGAGGGCCGACGGUAGCAGCGACUACGCCCCGUCUCUUCAAGAUGGCGAUGAACCCGAGUCGCAGACUCUAGAUGUCAUUGAGAAGAAGGUCAAGGAGUUAAAGAAAACUGCCGUCGCUUCCAAGAACCACGCCGAGAAGUUCAGGAAGAGAACUGAGGCCGUGGUGCAAGAAACCAUCGAGGACUGGAAGACCCACCAAGAGAAAAUCAUGAAAUCUUCUCGCGAGUGGGACGAGGAGCUCAACGCUGUUUUCGAGAACGCCCUCGCUGGCAACAAGUCUCUGGAAACGCUUCAAGAGUCAAUGAUGUCGAUGGCGCAAGAGCUCACUGAAAAGCACAACGCUCUCCAGAACACCAUCUCUUCGGCGUUGAACCGCGAGCUCAUCCUUGGCGACGGCUGGCAGAACGACGGGGAAGACGCCAUUCAGGUUCUCUCCGAGCUCACCUCGGAAGAACAGGAAUCGGUUGAGAAGCACCUCCACCUGGACGACGAUGGAGAGUACAGCAACGAGGGAUCCUGGAUGGAUAAGGUCAAGAGGUCUGAGAAGGGUAUCAAGCAGGCUUUGAGAGCUGUUCCGGUCCCGGUUGCACUUGAUUAGGGAGGGAUUGACCAUGAUUGCUAUUUUCUGUGGACACGAGCUGAUUUGACGGAUACUUACAUGCUUACUUACCGUACAUGAGGGCAAUAGUUGCGAGGGCAUAUACAAUAGGUGGAACCGAAC